GUGAGACAGUCUGCUCCUUGUAUAUUAUCACGACCUCGGAACUGCGAAGCUGAUAUCAUCCCCUCCGUAGUGCAUCUGUCCGUCUUGCAUACCGUGGAUUCGAUCGUGGCUGAACAGCAGGUCCUGUAUACGAACCGAAUAACUGGGGAGAUAUUUGUUUGGAUCGCCUCUUCCCAGAAGAGGGGUUUCGAGCUCGUGAAGAGAUCGCAUCUACAAGAGUGGAGGAAUACACCUUCCAGCUUCAAUACGGAGUGAAUAGUGGUAACAUAGUAGUGGCGGCAGUGAGCAAGAUGAUCAUCCCGACCACGCUCCUCUCGCUCGUGCUGCUGUCGACUUCCUGGGUCGCCUGCGCCCCGGUCGAGCUCUCGGAACAGCUUGAGCUCCUUCAAGUACACAUUCAGACUCAGACAUAUCCGCAGACACUACUCGACGCCGAAGGGAUUGUCCCCGCCACUUUCCACGCAAAUGAAGAUGAUGAGGAGACGCCCCUCCGCAUACCAUCCCGCUACGAGUCCACUGUCCUCGGUCGACGCCUCCUUGCCCUAUCCAAAACCGGUGUUCUCACCACUGUGUUUCCCGACAACGUCACCUCCUCUCGAGUACCUGCGGACGUCGCGCACACUCCGAUCGGCCUGCCCGAUUACAUUGCCUCGUGCGAGGAACCCAGCGGCAACCCGACACUACUAGCCCUGACGGUGUCAACGUCCACGAAGAACGCUAUGGCCGGGUCCAAUGCCUCGCUGGCUCUUUCGUGGUGGGAUGAGUACGUGCACAUCACGCACAAGCAACCAUGGUCGGCGGCCAAUUUGCCUCGGCUGAGCAUGACCGGCUACUUGGAAGAGAUGACUGCGGAAGAGGUCAAGAGCAAGGAUGUCCCGGGUUGUUUUACCAAGGUGCAUGGUGAUAGUGUGCUGUGGUUGCCGGGGAAAAAGUGGGCUGCUCACAAAGGCUUGUGGAUGAGGUUCGUGGUCAGGGAGGUAUACUGGAUUGGUGGGUUUGGGGAUCGGAAUUAUAUUGGAUGGUUCGAUAGAGCCGAAUGGCAGGAGGUGAGUGAGGAGGAGUGGAGGGGUGUGAGAUUGCCUGGGGAGAGGCCGUAAAGGACUAAUCUGCUGCAGCCAUCCCGUGCGCACUAGGUAGUUGGUGCUGUAUCCAUCGCAAUUUGGAACUGUACGUAUGGAUAGUGCGGCUGUGCUUGUGUUGUGCUUGUGUUGCGGCCGCUUGAAGUGGUGUAUUUGUUUUGUAUAGACUGCAGUGUAUCGUCGAUGCUCGUCACAUGCCACCUGGUUAUGGCUGCUGUAUAGGACCAUCGAAGGACCGUGUUGCUCAAACUCGACCUCGUUCGUACAUAGCUUGAUAGAUCCAGGAUCCAGACCAAGGAGCAGCAAUGAUCUCCACGAAAGCUCACAGUCGUCCUACCUAUCAUUAGGAGGAAUGCCCUUUUU